AUGAUAGAAUGUGAAAUUAAAUAUGAGUUAAAUGGACCGAUCUUUAGAAUUAUAUUUCAAGAAGGUUCACAAAAAUAUGUUAUAGAAUCUAAAGAAUCUCCAAGUGCCACUGCCAAUAAUUAUAUACAGGUUCAAUGUGAAAGGAAAAAUAGAUCUUCUUUUAGACCAUUUAAUGCACUGAGUGAAUCUAUGAAAAUGAAACAUUCUCGUGCAUUCUCUAUUCAAUUAGAUGAAGUCUUUAAAAAUGAGGUUUCCAACUUUUUUAAUUCAAAUGAUAAACCAGUUUUACAACAAGUUCGAUUCCAUGUUCAAGAUAAGGAUUACUUGACCAAUUAUCAUAAUAAAGAAAAUGACUUUUUGGAUGCAUUUGUGAAAGCUGUUGAUCAAGGUUCGAUUUCUCAGAACGCUUAUCGAAAUUUAGCCGCACUCCAACCAGAAUUACCACGGGAUCAUAAUAUUUCAGAUGCAAGAAAAAAAUUAAAUAAGAAAAUGAACGAAAAAAUUUCUAUUAUUAUUUUAAAUAUUAAGGAUGUAUCUCUUAUGACAACUAAUCAGAUACCUCAUAUUAAUAAUCCAGAUAUUGAAAAUGAGAUCUACGAGAUGUUGCAACAAGUAAUGGGACCACUAAUUAGCGAACUACAUAGUUUAACGGUCAAUGGGAUUGAGAAAGAUAUGGAUCAACUUAAGAAAGAAUUUUUUAAUAACCAAACUUCAACUUUAAAUUUACCACCAUCCGGAUAUAUUAAACCUCCUCUUCUUCCGAUGAUACCAUUAAAUUGCUAU